AAGGAACUGUGAGCAUUACUAGUUGUGUGCUGAACUUGUACGAGAAAAUGAUACCAUCUGGAGCCUGUUCUCGUUUGUUGCUAUGGGGACCCCAGGAGUACCUUGGGUAGAAAUGGAUUCUGCUCUUUGGCCGUCCUAAGUGGAGAAAGGUGUUUCUCCAGAACACCAUACUGCUCUGUGAGAAAGGUGUUUCUCCAGAACACCGUACUGCUCUGUGAGAAAGGUGUUUCUCCAGAACACCGUACUGCUCUGUGAGAAAGGUGUUUCUCCAGAACACCGUACUGCUCUGUUUCUUAACAUUAUCACUUUCUUUAAACAAUACGUUUUAGAAGACUACUACAAGAGGCCUAUUGGAGAUGGCCAAAAAAUGUGAUGUGCCUCGAACUUUCAAUGUUGCUGCUGUAGGGCUUUCGGGUACGGAGAAAGAGAAGGGAAGCACGGGGGUAGGGAAGUCUUGCCUGUGUAAUCGUUUCGUUCGACACCUUGCCGAUGAUUACCACGUGGAUCACAUCUCGGUGCUGAGCCAGACAGAUUUUAGUGGGCGAGUAGUAAACAAUGAUCAUUUUCUGUACUGGGGUGAGGUAACCAAGACAUCUGAUGAAGGAGUUGACUUCAACUUUAAUGUGGUGGAGCAAACGGAAUUCAUCGACGAUUCAUCAUUUCAACCUUUCAAGAGCAGUAAAACUGACCCUUAUUAUAAAAGAUGUACUACUAUAAAACUUACAUCUGCUGAGAAGCUCAUGUACAUCUGUAAAAACCAGUUGGGUAUUGAAAAAGAGUAUGAACAGAAAAUGAUUCCAGAAGGAAAACUAAGCAUUGAUGGGUUUGUAUGCGUGUUUGAUGUGAGUGACGUGCCAGGCCGUACAAUUGAUAAACAAGUGGAAUAUACGUGUCUCAUCUUAAACAACUUGAUGAAGACAAAGAAACCCAUAGUUUUGGCCACAACAAAAAAUGAUGAAGCCAGGGAAAGCUAUGUUAAGGAAGCUGAACGUCUUGUAAGCAGGAGGGAAUACAAAGGAAGUAUUCCACUUGUAGAGACGUCUGCCCAUGAAGAUGUGAGUGUUGAUUUAGCUUUUAUAGUUCUUGCUCAGAUGAUCGAUAGAACUAAAGGCAAGUCCAAAAUUGUGCCAUUUCUUGAAGCUGCACUGCGGAGGAAGGAGGUGCUGGACGUGGCGACUGAGGCGUACCAAUCACUCAUACGUACUCAGGUAACAGACCACAAGGCCGUGUGGAGUCGUGAGAGCAAAAAGUUUGCCCAAAACUCUGAUUUUGUUCACUAUUGUGACUUGUUUGGGCAUGAUGCUGCCCAGAGAAUGUUCAGGCGUCAUUUGAAGAAACUGAAGGAAGAAUACAUCCGAAGGAAGAUACAGAUGUACAUAAAGGUUCUACCAGAAGUAUUAAAUGAGCUUCUUCCAGAUCUUCAAAGUUUACAUGAAUGUGACUGGAGAAAUAUGAGGACAAAACUCCAACAACAUCCAGAUUUUAGUCAAUAUUUUCUUAAAAGUCCUGAUGAACAAUCUUGGCAAGAAAGUGACUUGGUGGAUAUCACCGAAACUCGUAUUCCGUUGGACAUUUUAGACACCGCUGAGGCAGAAGCAUGUUUUGAGGAACACAAGACUUCACUAGAGGCUGAUGAAAACCGAAAAGA